GGCUUAAGUUUAUGAAUGAUUAUCCUUUCCGGCUUUCACCUUGUUGUAUGUUACUGUAAAAGUGAAAAACCAUAUCCACAAUGACAUCCACCACUCUGAAUUUAGUAGAACAAGUAUCAUCUAAGAAGAAAAAGCUGAACAAAAGUAAAAAUGGGAAAAAGAAAUGGAGGAAACAUAUAGAUGUGACUGGUAUAGAAGCUGCACUGGAACAGCAGGAAGAAGAGAGACUUGGUGGCUUGGGAGAAGUCACAUCCAACUUCAUGUACCUGGACACUGAAGAUGGAGCUGCUGAUUCUACCAAAGAAAAUCAACCUGAAGAUGACCAAACUGCUAAGAAAAAGCUGCCAACUCUGCGGCUGGAAUACACGGUUGAUAGUAAGACUGGUCUCAAGGCUACAGACCGGCCCAAGUCUGACAAGCUCAUUCCUGAACUACAACUUCAGGCUGGCCUACCUGGCAGUAAAGGUCCUUUUACACAGUCCAGGUUCCGAGAGAAGGACGCAUUCUUGCACCAGGUGCAGCAGAAGACUCGUCACAGCAAGAACCAGCGGACGGCGCACAAAGCUCUUGUCAAGGCUGCUAAUAGCUUCACACCUACCAAAUCAUUCAGGAAAAUAAUCAAAUCAAAACAGAAACUUUCAUUUGACAAAAAUUUGUGGUCAGAAGCACCAGUUCCCUCAAGAGAAGACGAGCUGUCCGCUGAGGCCAUCACCCACAUGAAGCUCAGUCUAGGCCAGCAGCCCAUCAAUAACAGAUCCUCCAAGAUUAAAGGCAAAAACAUCCCUGCCGUGCCUCUGCCUCAUCCUGGUUUGUCCUACAACCCUGAUCUUGUAAGUCACCAGAAGUUGGUGGCCAAGUCUGUCAAGUCAGAAAUGAGUCGCUCGAAGCAAGCCAAGUAUACAAACGACAUGCGCACCUGCGACUACCCAAAGGGUGCUGAGAUUGUGGAUAACAAAGAGAGCAUCAGGGACAUGGAGGCCGUCCACGCUAAUACGCCCGCCAGCAAAGAGAAACCCAUGGAGGACGAGGACGAGGCCUCGGUUUCGGCGGAGGCCCGUAAGAUGGACAGGCGGACGCACGCUCAGCGGUUGAAGUACCGCCGCCAUCACGAGGCCAUCAGGCUCGCCAAGCGCCUCAAAGACAAGAAGAAGCGCGAGAACGCCAUCCUUAGGUCCAGGUUCCGAGAGAAGGACUCGCCCACGAGCAACCCACGAGUUGAAAGCUACAGGAAUGCUCUCAUAGCUAAAUUAGGAGAGAAAAAAAAUCUUAAUGUUGACCGCAGUGUUGCCUCGUUUAAACGCGUACUCAAACAUGAAAAGAAGAUGUUUAUACGUGACAUGAAAGAUGAUUCACUCGCCGCCGAUUUCCAAAAGACCCAGUAUUCUAGGUUUAGUUCAGAAGGAUACAAGCCGACUUUGCAAGAAAUUGCGGACACUUUAUUUGGCCCUGAUUGCAGUGAUGAGAGCCUCCCGGCUGAUACCGUCACUUCACCUUCUACCACAAAACAUUCGCAAACUGACAACCUGUAGAAUCAUCUUCUCGCUGUCGACUUCGGGUUACAGUAGUUCGACUUCUAAUGCCCCAAUUACGACAAAUAAAUCCCGAAAAUCGCGACCGAUUUCUCCCAGUCAUGAAACGACCUCUUCUUCAGCUUCAAAACCCACCGCGUUACAGUCAUCUUCUUUCUAUUCGUCUUUUAAAAUCCCUAAGAAAUCGCUAGUAACGGCAAAUGAUGAUCAGGUUAUCAGGUCCACAACUUGUGCAUCGAAUUCUGUGACUCGCAGUAUCGAAUUCUCGGACUGUAGUAAUGUUACUCAGAAAGAUGUAUCAUAUCUUCAAGGCAAUUCAAAUGUCUCUUCUCCCACUGUUUUGCCGCGAGAUUAUGAAAAAUUUCAAACUGCGUGGUAAAAAAAGACCAAAUUUGGGUACAUCCAUAUCCUGCCUCAAUAAUUCUUAAUGCGAUGCAAGUUUUAUAGAUUCUUCAGAAGCAGAUGUGUGCAUUACUUCGUUUUGAUCCAUGUGGUUAUUCUAACCAUUCUUAAUCUUUUUCAUGUUGAAUAUAUGACGAUGUACCCAUUUCAAUAGUUUUUUACAAGGAUACACUUUCUCUUAUGUUGUUGAUUCAAUAUUAUUGUGUUUGCCAUCUUCCAAGCAGUCUUAAUCUUUUUCAUGUUGAAUAUACAUAUAACGAUGUACCCAUUUCAAUAGUUUUUUUACAAGGAUACACUUUCUCUUAUGUUGUUGAUUCAAUAUUAUUUAGUCUGCCAUCUUCCAAGCAGUCUUAAUCUCUUUCAUGUUGAAUAUAUAACGAUGUACUCAUUUCAAUAGUUUUUUUUACAAGGAUACACUUUCUCUUAUGUUGUUGAUUCAAUUUUAUUCAGGCUGCCAUCUUCCAAAAUUUCAUGCCCCUAUACGAAGUUCUUGAACUCCUGCUAGACUAAUUAUCACAAAGGAAUAAAGUGGCCAUCAAGAGACUCUAGAACGGUGGGUAGAUUUGUUCUAUUUUUUAUCGAGCAAGCUGGUAUGUAUUCAGUAUACUCCAAUUGCAUCUCUAUGUUCUUCGAAGACAUCAUUAGCAUCAAAUUUAAACGGUUUCUAUCUCUCUUACUACAAAGGCUAGAGGAAUGCAAUUGGCAUUAACAUUUAUUGCUAUUUCACAUUGAUAGUUUAAGCAACAGAGGCAGCAGGACUAAAAUUAAGUAGCAUUAAUAUUUUAUGACACAAACUUUCUACCUAAAACCGCAGAAAUCUAGAUCUGCUAAAUGUAAUUUACUUUACGUAGGUAUUAGACGUCUUUUAGACGCAUUUUAGCCAAUGAUCCAGUAAAAUUGUAGAGCUUGUUUCA